AUGGUGGCCAAUAAUAGUAAAUUCACAAAGAAAGGAAAUCAAUUUGCUACCAGCAGGCCAGAUUAUUCUACCAGGACCGUUGGGAAAUUUGGAGCCUUGCAAAAACAAUCAGUGGGUCUUGAGGGCGGUGUUUUUGAAUUGGUUAAGGAGUUGUUAAUUAGAGCAGAACUCCUCAUGAACAAUUCAAUUAGUGAGGCAUAUGGAAGGCGGCUAGAAAAAGCUCAGGGUGUGUUUGUUGGUUUUGCAUGUGAGUUGGGGUUACCCCCGUACCUGGCAUUAGAAGAGCUGUUGGUGGCUUUUCUUCAUGGCUAG